AUGUAUGUUAGACUUAAUACUCAAGAAUUCGAAAUACCAGAAGAGUUAUCACGGAAUAGUAGAUUGGAUCGAAGAUCGAGAAGAAUUGAAUAUUAUCAGAUUAAACCAGACAUAAAAGAAGCAAUUGCUAAAGCACGUUCGUUAAAUUUUCUGACCCUCCGUAAUAACAAUCUUGGUAGCCCAAUGCAAAGCUUGCCCGAAAAGAAGUUGAUGAAUUUAGAUCGGUGGUAUUAUGAUGGGGAGUUCGAUUUUGGUGUUGUUGUUGGUGUAUUGUAUGAAAGAAUUUCGGAUAAGGCAUAUAACUCGGCUGAAAAUUCGGAACAUGAUAUUAUUGUCACACUUAUGAUCAUGCAAAGGAUUAAACAUAUAUAUAAGUUGUAUAUAAAUAAGUAA